AUGCAGGGGAAGAUUGAAGAGAUUGUCGAGGAUUUAGUCGCGAAGGAAGUAGAGCUAUGUUUGAUGGAGGACUUGAUUGGAGAGCGUAGGCAAGAACUUGAGAAAAAAGAGAAGGAGCUUUAUCAAGUCAUGGAUGACAUUUCAAACAGAAGCAUUUGGAAAGCCAAAACGAAGGAACUUGAGUCGAAAGAGAAGCAACAUGAAGGCCAGGUGGAGGAGCAUGAAUCAAAAAAGAGAGAAUUUAAAGAUCAUGUGACGGAGCUGGUGAAUGAUUUUGUAUUGAAACAGAAGCUUUUCGAAAACCGAAUGAAGGACCUUGAGUCGAAAGAAAAGCAAUAUGAAGGCCGGGUGAAGGAGCACGAAUCAAAAGAGAGAGAAUUUGAAGGUCAAGUGAAGGACCAGGAAUCUAAACAGAAAUUGUUUGAAAGGCAAGUUAAGGAGUUGGAGUCAAAAGAUAACCAACUUGUACGCAAAAUGAAGGAGUUUGAGUCAAUAGAGAGAGAAUUCGAAAGCCAAAUGAAGGAGCUGGUAUUGAAACAGAAGCAUUUCGAAAGCCAAAUGAAGGAACUUGAGUUGAAAGAGAACCAAAAUGAAGACCGGAUGAAGGAGCAUGACUCAAAGAAGCGAGAAUUUGAAGGUCAAGUGAAGGAGCUAGAAUCUAAGAAGAAGCACUUUGACAGCCAAGUGAAACUGUUUGAAUCAAAUUAUAACCAACUCAAAAUGCCAAACGAAGGAGUUCUUUUUAAAAGUGAGGGAAUUUGA